AUGAGGAGUCGGCGUGAGAGAUAUAGAGAGAGAGUGGUGAGGUCGGAGGAGGAGGGUGAUGGUGAUGGUGGAGAAGGAGGAGGUUUGAUGGAAUGA